AUGGCUUCGAGUGUUAGUAGUGGGAAUUAUUAUGUGGUAGUGGCGUUGCUGCUCCUGAGUAUCUGUAUUUCUUCAGGCCUUGUAUGCAGUCCUGCAAAAGCAGACUUGAUCGACGACGUUUGUUCUCUAUCAAACGAUGUUCAGUAUUGCAGCGAAACUAUCCGGACAGCCGCUGGUUCAAACACCACAGAUCUUGCCGACCUGGGCAGUAUUGUGCUAGGUUUAGCAACGUCCAAAGUACCCGCAACCCAAGCUUUGAUACGGUUGCUUUACAAUGACGCAAACGAUCCAAAUCUGAGGGACACAUUGAACUCCUGCCUUGGCAGCUAUGACGAUUGCGGGAAGGUUCUUAAAGACUGCCAUGAUCUCUUGGGUAAAAAGGAUUAUGUAGGGCUUGGGCACAGACUCGGCGAUGCCCAGGAUGGUCCAGACGGCUGUGAUCAGUCGUUCAGUGAUUUCCAGCCGGCCUUACCCGAACCUGGAGAACUUAAGCAGGCCAGUUCAAACCUCCAAGUUCUGAUCGCAACUGUUGGCGUUAUUGCAACCAAAUUGGACGGCGGCGGCAUUCAUUAA